GGCGCGGGCGCGGGGGCGCGCGGUGACCGUUGGCGCUGAGGGGAGGAGGCAGCGCGGCCGCCGCCGUUGCGCAGAUCCGGGCCGCGGCUGUGGGGAGGGCGCCGGGGCCAGUGACCUUCCGGAGGCGGGAGCGAGCCAGGGGGCCCGGACUCCGAGCGCCGCCACCGCCGCCAUGAACAACUCGGGCGCCGACGAGAUCGGGAAGCUGUUCGUGGGCGGUCUUGACUGGAGCACCACCCAAGAGACGCUGCGCAGCUACUUUUCCCAGUAUGGAGAGGUCGUGGACUGCGUGAUCAUGAAAGACAAGACGACCAACCAGUCUCGAGGCUUUGGCUUUGUCAAAUUCAAAGAUCCAAACUGCGUGGGCACGGUGCUGGCCAGCAGACCACACACCCUCGAUGGCCGAAACAUUGACCCAAAGCCAUGCACGCCUCGGGGGAUGCAGCCGGAGAGGACUCGGCCGAAGGAAGGCUGGCAGAAAGGACCCAGGAGCGAUAACAGUAAAUCAAAUAAGAUAUUUGUCGGAGGAAUUCCUCACAAUUGUGGUGAGACAGAGCUCAGGGAAUACUUCAAGAAAUUUGGAGUGGUCACAGAAGUGGUCAUGAUCUACGAUGCGGAAAAGCAGAGGCCUCGAGGUUUUGGAUUUAUUACUUUCGAGGACGAACAAUCAGUGGACCAGGCUGUCAACAUGCAUUUUCACGACAUCAUGGGCAAAAAAGUGGAAGUUAAACGGGCCGAACCUCGGGACAGCAAGAGCCAAGCGCCAGGACAGCCAGGUGCCAGCCAGUGGGGCAGUCGGGUCGUGCCCAACGCCGCCAACGGCUGGGCAGGCCAGCCCCCGCCUACGUGGCAGCAGGGAUACGGCCCACAAGGAAUGUGGGUGCCGGCAGGACAGGCGAUUGGUGGCUAUGGACCGCCCCCUGCAGGAAGAGGAGCCCCCCCGCCACCCCCACCCUUCACCUCCUACAUUGUGUCUACCCCUCCUGGAGGCUUCCCGCCUCCCCAGGGCUUCCCCCAGGGCUACGGCGCACCCCCACAGUUCAGUUUCGGCUACGGACCUCCACCUCCCCCACCAGAUCAGUUUGCCCCUCCAGGGGUUCCCCCACCACCGGCCACUCCCGGAGCCGCACCUCUGGCCUUCCCGCCACCUCCAUCUCAGGCCGCCCCAGACAUGAGCAAACCACCGACCGCCCAGCCCGACUUCCCAUACAGCCAAUAUGGUUACGGACAGGACUUGGCCAGCUUCGGACAGGGCUUCUCAGACCCCAGCCAGCAGCCCCCCUCCUAUGGGGGCCCCUCGGUGCCUGGCUCGGGGGGUCCCCCCGCUGGCGGAAGUGGCUUUGGACGCGGUCAGAACCACAACGUACAAGGAUUCCAUCCCUACCGACGCUAGCAGCAGCCCCUCCUUGCAGACGGCAGGCGGCUGAGACCAGGAUUCAAACUUGUGAACUCGUGACAAUCACAAACUUGGUGGAAAUACCGACUCGACCGUGGGGGGAGGGGGGGAGGCUUUUGGCGGUGGCUGUGGGUACCUGGACUGAGGUUUUUAAAUAUAUUUCUUUCUCUAACCCAUCAGCACAAUAAAAAAAAAGUCACUGGUUCAACAACAGGGUUUAAAAAAAAUUCUUCAGCUUUAAUUCAAAACUUCAGGUUUCUUUUUCUUCCUUUUUUUUUUUUUUGAAAUUAUUUUCCUGAGCCUUUAUUUUACCGUAUAUUGUAAACUUUUAUGUUAAAGAAAAAAAUAUACAUUUACAAAUUGUGAGAUUUUUAAGAGAAAUUUUCUACGAUGUAUACUCGCUUAUUUUUUAAUUUAAAACAGGGUUUCCGUCGGCACUGGUGGAGGUAAGGGGCAUUUUUAGUCCCUUGCUCCUGGCUUUGAGGGUUGGGACUUGUUGGUCCAGAAACUCUGGGAGCAUAAAGAAGAAAUCUACUGAGUGUGUUUUGUUUUUUGUUUUCUUCUCUGCUUUUGUCGACUGGCGUGCCUGGCCAUAUCUGCAGGUGCGUUGUGGGGCCGCGCCUGCCUGUGUCCACCCGCCAUCCAGAACCAGGGGGCCAGGCUGGCCCAUCUCCCGUGCUCGGGGCUUCAGGGCAUCCGCGCUGACCAGUUUGAAUAAAGAAAGUGCGUUUGGACUAGAAA